AUGACAUCGGCUGAUAUUGAUGCUAAUCUGGACAAUAGCCUGCCCUCACUUAUGGCGGGUAAUCAGCAGCAAAUGUCCGAUCCAGGACAAACAUCAAAGGGUAUUGAAUCAUCCUAUAAUGUCAAUACAAAGGAGGAAGCGAUACCGACAACUGCUCCAGUAGUUUCUCCAUCUCGUUCAAGUGUCACGGUACCCACAGAGUCUGGUGUUCGUGUCGUUGCCGAAUUAUUGCGUGCGCCAUCACCAGAAGCUCAAAAGAGUCAAUUUUCAAUGAUAUUUGGAGUUUUUAUUUUAUCAGUCACACUCGGUGCUUGUGCAUUGUGCUUGUAUGACGAGAUUUUUCACGCAACAGGGAUUCAAAGUGGGCUCUUCCUGGGCUCAAUUGGCACAGUCUCAAUGUGUGCAAUAAUUAUUGGCUCCUUUCUCAGCACAAAAUGGUAUCGCCGACAUAUGCACAUUUUACUGCUCAACUUGGCAUUGUGUGAGUUUUGCCUUGCGCUGUCAUUUCUAUUGGAACCAGUCUGGAAUCAAUUUGGUGCUGGUGUUGGAAGUCACUUGUCCUGUCGAUGGCUCUCUACAGCUCGUGAGUAUCUUAUCAUGUGUUCUAGCGCAUGGACGACUUGUACAGCAUUAGAUUUAUACUAUUUGAUGACAAAUCCAUUCACGUCGCCUCGUUCAAAUCGACAUAAGUAUCAGGGAAUUGCGCAUGGGACAGCAGUAGCAAGCGCAGUCAUAAUGGGUGUUUUUAAUAGUUUUAAAUCUCCUGUUUCUGUCGGUAGUUUUUGCUGGAUCGGAGCUGAUACCCAAGCCCGAAGUGAUCAUAUUAGCUUCAAACACCCAAGUGGGUCAACAAUUGGCAUUUGGGUCUUCAUUGUCACUCCUACAACUGUUUCAAUUGUCGCGAAUCUGUACGUUACUUUAAUAUCAUAUACCCGAUUUCGACGAGGGGUAUCUGCUACCUUACGAAAUCGACGAGUUUUACUUCGUGAAGGAUUAUUAACAACUGUGACACUGAUAUUAUAUUCAUCAUUGCUUUGGGGUGUAUAUGGAGCAUACUGGCUCACUCCCUCAGCAGCACAGGCUCGCACUUUGUCUCGACUCUUUGCUUUCUUACUAUCUUACCGAGGCAGUGUACCCUUUAUUUUAUGGUGUCUUUACAAUCGUCCACAAUCUAAGAAAUGGAAAGCUAAAUCUGGUGCUGUAGUUGAUGGUUCUACCACAAACGAUACUUCUCAAAAUGUGGAAGACGAAGACGACGAAGAUGAGGAUGCUGUUCGUCCGCAAAUGAAUUUGGCAUUGUUAGACGAGCUUGUGUUUUACACGACACAUGGUAUUGCUGAGGCAGUGCGACAUAGUAGCAUAUUUCCGCCAAAUUCGUCAGAGCAUAUUGACUCUCAAUACCUUGAAAAUGGACCAUCUCAGUAUUCAUUUAUGGUCCAACCAUCCUCUGAAGAUGUUGCAUGGACGCAGUGCCGUUUUACAGCGUUUCGACCGCUAGAAUUUCAGCGUAUUCGUCGUUUUUAUGACAUUAACGAUGACGCCUAUCUCCACUCUCUACAGUCCUGCACAACGCCAAAAGUCAGCGAAGGUGCCAGUGGCUCCUUUGUCUACUAUUCUUCUGAUCGUAGUUAUGUUGUUAAGUCGUUGACACGAUCGGAGAGUGCUUUUCUUCACGAAAUAUUAGAUGAAUAUACAACGUACAUUGAAGCACAGCAUGGCGCAAGUUUCUUGACGCGUUUUCUUGGAAGUUAUUGCCUUGAACUGUAUGGACGGCCAACAUUUUUUGUCGUCAUGGAAAAUGUCUUUGAUGUUCAACAGGGGAUUUCAAUCCACCAACGCUACGAUAUCAAAGGAUCGUGGGUCGAUCGCAAUGCUAAAAAGCCUCGUCGUGGAGCGGAAGCUACGUGUCGGCACUGCAAUCUUAGCUUUCGUUGCGGCAGCAGCACUAACCGUUCAAAUUCAUUCAAAGGAGAUCAAUUUCGACCAAACGUGUGUCCAAAUCGAGCGGGGGCUCCACAUGAACCUAACGUUGUACUUAAGGAUAUGGAUCUUACCAUGAAGCUGCGAUUUGGCAAGGAUGCUGGUAAAACACUUCUUGGACAACUUAUGCAGGACAGUGACUUUUUGUGUGCUCGUGGCGUCAUGGAUUAUUCAUUGUUGCUGGGAGUGAUAGAAGUGAGUUACGUUGUGAAUCGAAACAACAUUCUAACAAGGGAUGGAAGUGUCUUCUUACCACCUGACAGUAUUACAAAAAAGGUUGACAAUUCUCGACAUACUGCUGACAAUUAUGAUGCCAAUGAUCGAGUGAAGCAAUCAACGCAGUGUUUACGGGCUGCUGAAGUAGUGAUCGGUCCUGGUUUCUACUAUAUUGGGAUCAUUGAUAUGUUACAAACGUGGAAUUGGCGUAAACGAGCUGAACGUUUUAUCAAGACAGUGUUGCUUAAGAACGACCCGGAUGGCAUCUCGGCUAUGCCUCCAAAACCAUAUCGAGAUCGUUUUCACCGCAAACUGCGUGAAAUUAUACAUCUCGGCCAUAACUCACGCGUAAUACCACCUUUACAGAAAAGAGCAGAUACCGUGGAUGGGUUAGAGGACGUUGUGGACAAAGACGAUCGUGAAAGAAGUGACUCUGAGGAUGAGUAUGAUCGAUUUGCGCGCAUCAGGCCACGGAGAGUCGUCCUUCCACAUGUCAAGCAUACAUUUAAAGAUGGACAACAGUUAAGAGGUGACAGCGGCGAAAUACCUAUGACACCAUCUGCUCAAGGACGUGUACUAGGAGCCAGCUUGUAA